CAUUAACGAAAUGGAGGUGCAGUUGGAGGUGUUGUCUGUAUGUACAAACAUGAGUAUAUUCGAUCCAGAUAGUAUACAUGCAACGAAGUUUUACUGUCAUUUGCACCAGUUACUGCGGAUUUUUGUGGCAGCACCAAGAUCAAAAAUUGUGUGGAAUUCAGUAUCAGUCUUGCAGCAAGCCACUCAAAAUCCAGCUGCUAAGACAGCAUUACUUCAUGUACAUCGCUUUGCAAGUGUACUUGGACGUCUUCUUGUUGCUGGUGCUGCAACAUUGUUAAUUCAACAGAAGAUACAACUUUUGAAACUGCUGCAGGAAUUAACAUAUGACAUAGAAGUCACAUGGCAAGAGGCCUUAAUACCAGGUCUUAUACAUACACUGGUUUUAUGGGUAUGUGGUACUACUUCUGCAGAUGAUGGAAGCCAAGAACUUGUUGGCCCUUCUCUUGGUGUCCUUGUAAAUCUCUGCCAUAAAAAUUUGGUAGGAUUUUGCAUUCUGGCACAUUGCGUUGAUACUAGAGACUUCCUAAAAAUUGUCACGCGUAUGUCUAUGUCCAAUUGUGAUACACAUCUGAGUAUCCAGGCUUUCAAGAUGAUGAGAAUUUUGAGGGCUAAUGACAUACCAGAAGUAGAGAUUCUCAGCUUUUGCAAGUCAUCAUUUAAAACAGCCCUUGAUGCUCUUCAGAAUGGAGAGAUAUUUGUGCUAAGACAGACUGUUGACUUCUGUGUAGAACUUUUCACAGAAACUGACUCAAAGGAUGUAAUAAUCCAUAAGUAUAAAAGCUUGCGGUUGGAUAUUCAGGAUCUUUUGAAUCAAAUGUCUGAUGGAAAGCAGCCAAGCAGUAUUGCAUUAUGCUUAGAACUUCUUGCAGCUGUUGCCGCAAUGGGUGCGAAGGCAGUUAGAGCUCAGUUUGCUGCUAUGGUUGGAUUAGCACUACGGUGGAUUCAUAUCCAAACAGUAUCUACCAGUGCCUUGUGUGUACUGCAUGCUAUUAUAAUGGAAAUUUGGCCUGAUCAGGACACUACUUACAGUAUCACAGAUGAAAAAAUGGACACAAAUGACAGUGCUGGAAAAGAUGAAACUGAUUUGGAGCAACUCACUUCAUCGACUGUUCUGGAGGAAACUGUACUUGAACAACUUGAAACAGGAUUACUGGUUCUAGUAUCUAUGCUAGAAGAAAUCAAUUUCAUGAAGAUGAUGCAGGCAACAGAUAUCCAGAAAUGUUGUACAAACCUUUUGCAAAUAUUUCAAAAAUUAAUUAAUGUCUCAAGGAAACUGAGAGAACAGAUCCUAUCAGCAAUGUGUCCUGAACACAUUGUUUCACUUUUCAGGCCCCUUUUUGAUAAUAUUGAGUGUGUUGAAGGAAAAAUUGUUUUCCAAGGAGAAAUUGUUUCCCUGUUUGUUGAGUCUGGCUGA